AUGCCAAUAGUAGAGCAAAGUCCAGUCCAUCUUCAUCAUCAUCAUGGACAUGGUCAUCAAACAUUUUAUCAUCAACAAUCAAUACCAGAACAAACUGGUAAAAUGCAAUUAACACUAAUCUUACCGAAUGGUGUUCCAUCCGUUAUUACUGUUGAUGCAAAUACUCCAAUGAUGGAUUUACUUGUACAAGCAGCAUCAUUAAAUAAACUUAAUCCAAGUGGUUAUUCACUUGUUGUUCUCGAUUCAAAUCAACAUGUUAUUCAUUUUAAAGCUAAUCAAACUGUUGGACAAAUCGGUUCUUCAACUAUUAGUCUUCUUCCAAAAGAACCUACACAUUCAAACUUAACACCAAAAACUAAAACUCAACCAUUUGAAAUAACAGUUCGUUUACAAGUUAAUUUACCAGAUGCACAAAAAAUUUUGAUACGUGUUGAUCCAACAUUACCAUUAUAUGAAAUAAAAGAACAAAUAUGUAAACAAAAAAAAUAUAUUCAUUCACAUCAAUAUACAUUACGUUUACCAAAUAAACUUGAUAAACCUCUCUUACUCGGUCUAUCAUUAGCUGAAUAUAAAACAAAUGAAUUGACAUUAAUAUUUAAUAAAGAUGGUCAAUUUGAUCAACAAACAAAUAGAAGCGAACAUCAAUCGUUUGAUCGACUUUAUCGUACACAAUCAGAAACUAUUCAAGAACUAACAAAUGAACAACAAGGAAUGAAUAUUAAACAGGAUCAACAAGUAAAUGCAAUUCGUCCAUCACAUACAUCAUUACAUGCCUAUUGGAAUGAUCCAAAUUUUGAUACACAAUCUCAAAUGUCGACUACUUCAUCAGUAACAAAAAAACGUCGUGCACCAAAACCACCUGGUUAUAUGAGUCCUCAUAGAAAUGAACCACAAAUUGUUUAUAUUCAACAACAACAACCACCUAUGAAUUUGCAUUCACCUACACGGUCAUUACAUGUUGAACAUCAUCAAAGUCAAGAAUCACUUACAGCAGAAAAUACAAAGAAAAAACGAAAAGCUCCAGUAGUUCCUGUCAAUCAUUUGACUGAGAAAAAAGAUGAAAUAGAAGAAGAACAACAAAAUCUAACAAAUGAUGCUACUCGACCAGGUUUAGAACCACCGCCACCGCCACCACUUCCAACAACUUCAGAAACAAAUGUUGUCUUACCUUCGAUAGAUAAUUUUCAUGAAGUACUUCAUAAAAUCGAAGAAACUGAUGAAGUACAAAAAAAUAAUUUAACAAUUAAUUCAACUGAUGAUCAACAGUUAUUAAAUUCAUUAGAAAUUCAAACACCUACAACGAAUUCAACAAUGAAUUGUUCAGAACAAACAGUUAUUGAAAAUCAUUCACCAGCAUUAAACCAUUCUUUAGAACAAACAAUAACUGAAACUCCAAAAUUAACACCAAUAAUUAUACAAGAACAAGAAGAUAAACCUAAAGAAAAAAUAUCUCCAAUAAAUAUUCAACCUGUCGUUGAACCAGUUGAAACAGAUGCUAUCAAAACUCCCACUAUAAAUACACCAAUAGCAAAACCACCUCGUCAAAGUGUUCACAAAGAAAAAAAAUCUUCGACAACUGAUGGCCUUAUACGUAUUAUUAAUGAUCAUAAUGAACGAGCACGUACUCAUUCAAAUAAUGAAAAACAAGAAAAAGAAACCAAUGAAAAUGUAUCUUAUUUUCGUGUUGCUAAAAGUCGUCAUGGAAAAUUUGAAACAGAUAGUCGAGGUUUUGUUAAUAGUUCUGUUGCAAUAUUUGAUUCAACUAAUCAACAAAAAACAGAACAACAAAUAAAUAAAAAUUCUCAUUCUUCAGAAGUAUCCAAUAGUUCAACACAACAAAAAUUUGUACCAAAUUUUGUACAAAAUCAAACAAAAGGUAAACAAGCAUAUACCUUGUUAAAAAAAUAUGAUAAAGAAGAAGAUUCACUAUUAAUUAAUAAUAAUGCUGAUGAUUCGAAAACAAGACAAGAUAAAGAAAAAUCUCCAUCACCACCAAUGCAGCUUGAAGUUACUGAGCGAACUACUCAUAUCACAGUUACUGUGGAAAGUGAUCGUAAACAAUUGAUAAUGCGAACUUCGCCUGUCCCACAACAAUCAGUGCCCCCAGCAGUUGCUCCCAAGCCAUCUGGUAAAAAAAUAACAGAAUAUCGUACAUUUCGACGUAUUGGUAAUGGCACUAGCGAUGAAGCAACAUCUUCAUCAACUACAACAACAACAACAACAACAACUGCUACUGUACGUGAUGGAGUAACAACAUCAAAUGAUAUGAAAAGUAAACGAUUAACGUCAGUUGAAAGCGAUGAUCGAUCGAGUACAAAUUCAGGCGCAUCACAUGAAGAUUUAAUGGAAUCUAUUCGAAAAUUUGGUGGUUCACAAAAUUUGGCAAAAAAAUAG